CUACCAACGCCAAAAGACGUCCUUGAUCCUUGACCACGUCUCGUAUCUCGUAUCUCGACUGCGCAGUGUGUGUGUGUCUUUCGAUGGGCUCGGCGCCGCGAAAGGAGAUCGUCAUGUUUCGUGUGCAACUUUGUUUCGACCGGCCCGGGGCAUGCACGGGGACUGAAGAAAACAAGAGGAAUGCUCCCAUCUACGACGACCGAGCCUCUACGGUCGGAGGCGUUUCGGUUCGCCAAGUGCCGCUCACCUCGGUCAUGGACGGUGUCAUGACUCGCUCCUUGCUCCCUCUGGCUCUCGGGAUCAAUCGCAUCGUCCCAGAGCGAGGUUGGGUGGUGACUUUUUGCGAGAGGGUUGUCAAAUUCGAUCGACCGUUUUCAAUCGUAGACCUCGGGGAGGUGACACAGACAUUGCAGACUCGAGCACACAUGCGCAUCGCAAGUUUCCUUCCGUCUUCUGGUUUCGAGAGGGACAAAGCGAGGGGGAAUUGUCGGAGCGAAACGACAGUUGUUUGGGCGUAUCAGCGUAUCAGUGAUUGGUACAUCGAGAGCAUCGCCGGGUGCGUUCUGGAUCGAGUGUGCCCAGUCCGAGUAUAUACGGCAGGUCUGGCAGCUGUACUGGCUGCGGAGCGGACGUGGUGUGCAGUAUCUAGGCAAACGCUGCAUCUCAAGUGUCCCUGUUCUUUGCCUCCCUAUCUCUCUCGACUUGUUCCCGUGUUUCCGGACGAUCUGCAAGCGAAGAAAGCGGCACCGGUCGGCCUCUUUUCACUCUCCCAGGCUCACACAGACUCGCCCUCCUCCCCUCCCACCUCACUCCAACGUAGACGUCGAGCGCUCGUGUUCGCCGAUCUCCAACCUCUGUCCACCAGGCCACCAGCAAAUAGUGACCAUCGACGUACGCACAUAAACAACGAGCCCCCUGCCUUCCCGAUCUGCCCUCGCUUCCUCGCGCAAAUUCCUCUCGUUCACCGAUAUAGGCGACAUACCGCAAGUAGCGUUAGCCGUCAACAUCGUCGUCAACGUCUUUACCACGAGGGUCCACAUCGACUAGUUUUACUCUCGUCACAAAUCGCCAAAGUGUCUCGACUCAUCGAAUCCUCUGUCAGCAUCCCCGUCGAUCGACAAUAACAUCAAGCUUGGCUGUAUCCCGUGCAGCCCAACCAUCAUCACCACCACCCCAUCCUCGAAACCUCGGGGUCAUAACCGUGGAGCCAAUGACUUCCCUCUACACCUACACUCGCAUGCCACCUACCUUAACAGACCUCUCGGCCGAUGUCAUCCAUCUCAUCGCUCAUCAUGUCAUGUUCAGUGGAGCGACCCCACCGUCCACCGACUCGAUGUCGCGGGAAUGUGACGACAGGUCCACG